AUGCCUCCGGCUCCCAUGACCCUCACCCCCGUGCACGUCAGAGGCAAGCGAAAAUCAUCGGCCAAGACCGCCGUCCCCUUGAUCUUGCAACGACCGGAGCGGAAGAAGAGGAGAACGAUCGGGUCCGUCGUCGCCAGCCGCGCUGCCCGACCUCGCCUGACUCUCGACUCCCUGCCCUCAGAAGUGCUCGAGCUCAUCUUGCUCUACAGCUCCAGUCUCUCCCUGCCGCGUGCGAGCCCCGUCAUCGGCAUAAAGCUUUCCCACCCCGCUACCUUGCUGCGCCAGUUCAUCUGGGCCUUCCACGACACUUGGCAGCAGGGCUUUGGAAUCCCCGUCUCCCAGCCUGUUCACUACGUUCCCGGAGAAGAAGAAGUCCCGAAGGGUCAGAGUAAAAUCCCCUGUCACGGCGAUCAUCAACUUCAGACGGCCAUCUUGGAACUUCCUUGGGUCAAGAUCGACUUCAUCCUGCAAGCACAGCAGAUCUGGGCCGACCGUUACGCGCACGACCGGUGGUACACCCACUGCACGCCAUGGCUGGAUCAAUUCUCCUCCCGGGACCACUCUCGCGAAGGCGGCUUUGGUCAUUUCGACAGCCGCCGCUGCUUCGAGGCUGACUACCAGCAAGCGCUGAAGUGGCCAUCCUUUUUCGUCGAACCCACCACAUGGCACUCACAAGACGUCCAUCCCCUCACUCGCAUGCCCAUCCAUCUCAUCACCGGCCCCUGGGAUGAUGAGAAGCUGCGCCGCCUCUUCUGGCUUACUCGAGGGGGUAUCACCUACGAUGCCGACGGCCAGACCUUGCCGCCGUGGGAGGUCAGGAUGCAGUGCCUCGAGAAUGCCAUCCUCUCCGCAGCGGCCCCUAAUGCUCUCGUGAGCAACUGCUUGAUGGGGGACUGGAUGUUUAGAGACCUGCCCCCAGACGUCGUCCGAUCGCGGCUUGCCAACUUUGAUUGGAACUCUGCUACCCAAGCAGGCUCAUCGCAAGGACUUGCCCGCAUUCUGGAUGGAUCCCGUCAUCAUGCCCUCGGUUUUUUCCCUUGA